CUCGGAGAUGCUGGAGGGGGCGCUGAGGAGCUACGAGGACCUGGAGUUCCAGCAGCUGGAGCGUGAGAGCCGCCUGGAGGAGGAGAAGGAGGAGGCCUGCCAGGCCUUGUCCCUCCAGAUAGCCCAGGUCCAGGAGAACCUCAAAGAGAGGAGGUGGAAGGUGCGCAGGCUGGAGGCCCAGGUGAGCUCGGUGCAGGAGCACCUGGCGGGCGAGUCCUGCAGGGUGGCGCAGAAGGGAGAGGCUGCCCAGAGCCUCAGCUCGGUGAGAAACCCCCUCCCAGUGCUCUAA